CGUUGGCGUUGCUGUCUAUCGAGGUCCGUAAUGUCAACUGAACUACUAUACCAACGAAACCGCACAGCACUGAACUGACUCACCUUCUUGUGUCAGUCCUUCUCCACCCGUUGGCAGACAUUCCGGGCCCAAAGCUUGCAGCCAUAACGACGUGGUAUGAGAAGUUCUACGAUGUGUUCCUCGGGGCUCAGUAUUUCCGCCGCAUCGAGGAGAUGCACAGGCAGUACGGUCCGAUUGUCCGCAUCCGGCCCGACGAAGUGUCGUUCAACGACCCGGAUUUCAUUGACGUCCUGAGCCCGGUGGGGGGCAGGAGAACCACGAAGCCGCCUCUUGUGGGCUUAAGGACAGGGAUCCCCGACUCAAUCACGGGAACCAUCGACCACGACGUGCACCGCAGGCGGCGGAAUGCCAUCAGUGGCUUCUUUUCCGUCGCGAGUAUUCGGCGGCUCGAACCCAUCAUCGCCGAGCAUAUGGAAAGGAUGUUUGAGCGGAUCGAUUCGAGCAUCGCCGCAAGCAACACCAAGUCCGCAGUCUUGAGUAUGCACCAGGUCUUCCGCGCAUGCACGAGCGACAUCAUCACGACGUAUGCGUUCGGCGAGAAUCAAGACAUCCUCAGCGAAGACGACUGGGGCGCGGCCGUCACCGCCGGCAGUAACACCUGGCAUAACCUGACUCACGUCUUUGCAGCGUUUCCUGUAGUACUGCUGGUGAUGCGCAACCUGCCACAGUGGGCGCUGCGGCUCUUCAUUCCGUCCCGCGAGCUGAACGACCUGAUGGAGAGAAAGGAGUGGUGGGUCAACAAGGUGCGCGCUAUCCGGCAGUCCCCUGAUCCGGCACGCUUGAAGAGCACUAUCUUCGAGGGCGUCCUGAACAGCAAUCUGCCAGACGAGGAGAAGACGGACGCCCGCCUGGCCCAGGAAGCGCAGCUGAUCGUCUUCGCUGGCGAGGGCACCGUUGCCUACACUCUCAACGCUGCCCUCUAUGAGCUCCUCGCACAUCCGGCCGAGUACCGGCGCGCACAGGAGGAGCUACGCGCCGCCCUUCCGGCCGGAGAAGUAGCCCCAUCCUUCGCGCAGGUCGAAACCCUACCUUUCCUCAACGCCGUCAUUCAUGAGACGAUGCGCCUUCACCCGGGCGUGGUGUCACGCCAGGUACGCAUCGCGCCCGAUCAACCCAUCGUGUAUUCUCCGGGCGGCCUUAGCCGCGGCGAGAAGCGCGGCGGCAUUGGCUCGGGCUUGGGCUUGGGGGCGGCCGCCACGGAGAAAACGUACAUCGUGCCGCCUGGCAUGUGCCACAGCAUGUCGACACGUGCGAUGCACCUGAACGGCGACGUGUUCGACGAGCCCCUUGCGUUCCGACCACAGCGCUGGCUAGACGAUCCGUCGAUCGGGCGUGCAUUUAUUGCCUUUGCCAGGGGCACACGGAAUUGCAUCGGCAAGGACAUGGCAAAGAAGCUGAUGGGUAAGGUCCUAGCAACCUUGCUCCUCCGCUACGACAUCUAUAGCGGGCAGGACGGCCCCACGCUCGAGUUGUACGACACAACACGCGAGCGCGACAUCGAUGCCAACUACGACAUGAUUAUCCCAAUGCCCGCCAAGGGGAGCCACGGCUUGAGGGUUCGCGUGCGGCGGUGAAAACCCGGGCGUCUCCUGAGUGAUCAAGCACCCUUUCAAGUGGAAACAGGAUCAGAGAUGCUGCGCGAAGGUAUUAUUGGGAUGUGGCAAAUGUGAGGGUGCGCUCGGCGGCUUAGCAAUGUCUUGAGUCAACAAAAACCAGUUGAGAUAGAUACUACAUAAGGUACCUUUAGGUAGUAUGAUCAUGUUGUGCGCCUCAAGACCGGAAACGUUUACCCAUUCUCCCAUUGGUUCCUCUGGUGUAGUCCGAAGAGUGUAAUAGAUCGGAGCACCAACAAGAACACAGGAAGAUAUUCUUCAUUCCAUUAAUACCUUAGUUAGGCCUUUUCGCCUCUCGAAUGAGAUAGGGAGUGUUUAAACACCGAAUAACCCCGUGGUGCACCGGCA